AUGGAUAAAGAUAAUAAAGAUAGUAAAGAUAAUAAAGAUAAUAAAGAUAAUAAAGAUGAUAAAGUUAAGAAAGAUAAAGAUUGGCUUGAAGCGCAAAUAGAAGCAAAUAGUAUAAAAUCUUUUAAUCAUGCCGAAUUUUCAAACAUAGUAAGGGUCGGUGAAGGAGGUUUUGGCAAUGUAUAUAAAGCAUAUUGGAAAAGCCGUAGAAUGACAGUUGCUUUAAAAUCUUUAAAAGCGAUACCCGAUGAAACGACUCGUGAAUUUGUUAGAGAGCUCAGACUACUUAGAAAUGUAUUCUAUCAUCCUCGUAUUAAUCAAUUUCUAGGAAUAACAAAAGAUUCUAAAUCUAAUUAUGUGAUGGUAUUACAAUACGCUGACGGUGGAAAUCUUCGAGAUUAUAUAAGAAAAUCGGUAAACCCGUUAACAUGGCCUGAAAAAUACCGUAUUGCUCUUGAGAUAGCCGAAGGAUUAUUAUGCUUGCAUGCGGAAGGCAUACUUCAUAGAGAUUUACAUCCUAAAAAUGUUUUGGUUCAUAAAGGCAAUAUGUUAAUUGCAGAUUUCGGUUUAUCAAAGGAAGAAUCCUCAACAUCAUCAAAUUCUUCUGUAAAAGGAACACCUGCUUAUAUCGACCCUCAAUGUCAUAUACAAGAUAAAUAUAAACGAAGUAAAAAAUCUGACAUCUUUAGUUUUGGAAUGAUCUUAUGGGAAUUAUCAAGCGAAAGGGAGCCAUUUGCUGGUGAAAAGGAUUUUCAAGUUGUAUUGAAAAUUUCUCAAGGGAUUCGAGAAAAAAUGGUAGAAGGAACGCCUGAAUCGUAUUUUAGGCUUUAUACAGAAUGUUGGAAUCAAGAACCCGAAGAGCGUCCUAAAAUUGAAGAUGUUGUUGAAAUUUUAGAAAGCAUUAUUAGUAAUAGUACCGAUGAUUAUUCAUCAAAUCCAUCAAAUCCAUCAAAUCUAUCAAAUAAUUUAUUAGUUCCACCUGUUCCAAUAAAUACUUCUACUUAUACGUAUAGUCUUAAUACAGGCGAAAUGAAUUCUGAAAUCAAAGAAGAAAUUUAUAAACAUUCUCCUUUAUAUGUUAAUAGUCAUAAUUCUUAUAGUAUUGGUACAUCCGGUUCUUUAUAUAUGGAUGAGGAUGUUUAA